CAGCUCAUUGGCUAGCGCUGUCAGGCCGCAAUCUAGAGUCGGAGGGCUGGGUCGGUCCGGCAGCCGGGCAGCCAUGGCGUCUUAUUUCGAUGAACACGACUGUGAGCUAUCAGACCAUGAGCACGAGACCGGAUUCAAUAUGCUGCUGCAGCUCGCGAGAUCACUGUCCAACAUGAUGGAUUUUCAAGACCUGGGAUUGGUAGUAGACUGGGAUCACCAGCUGCCUCCCCCCGCCGCCAAAGCUGUGGUUGAGAACCUCCCCAGGACAGUUAUCAGCAGCUCUCAGGCUGACCUCAAGUGUCCCGUGUGUCUUUUGGAAUUUGAGGAGGAGGAGACUGUCAUUGAGAUGCCUUGCCAUCACCUCUUCCACUCCAACUGCAUCCUGCCCUGGCUUAGCAAGACCAAUUCCUGCCCCCUCUGCCGCUAUGAGCUGCCUACUGAUGACGACGCUUACGAGGAGCACAGACGAGAUCAGGCUCGAAAGCAGCAGCAGCAGCACCGGCUGGAGAACCUCCACGGGGCCAUGUACAUGUGAGGCCGGCUCACUCUCACCUCUCGCGCACCUUGCAUCCGUAUUAAAGGUUUCUUUACCCACCCUGACGCUGCAUUGCUCACGGGCAGGAUGGUGCAUCCUCCGCCUGGUCCCUACUACUCCUGGAGGGUAACUGCAGAAGGCAUCAGUCUGCACUUUGCUCACCCUGGCCUGUCUGACUCAGGGCAAUGGGACCCAGCCACUGGACCAGCCAGGACUUAGAUUUGCAUUCCUAGUUGGGAGGCAAACUGUCAGGGCCCAGUAUGCUGUGGCUGUUGAAAGCUGAAAAAGUGGGGCCAGGGAGACAGCUCAGUGGCAUUAAGCGCCUGCCUCGCAUACACAAGGUCCCCAGUUCGAUCCCCC